GAACCCCGCCUAGAAUUCCCCAAUGAGGGGCUGGGGGCGUGGCUCAGGGGUGGAGCCCCGCCUAGAAUCCCCCAGUGAGGGGCUGGGGGCGUGGCUCAGGGGUGGAGCCCCGCCUAGAAUCCCCAGUGAGGGGCUGGGGGCGUGGCUCAGGGUGGAGCUCUGCCUAGAAUCCCCAAUGAGGGGCUGGGGCGUGGUUCAGGGGUGGAGCCCCGCCUAGAAUCCCCCAGUGAGGGGCUGGGGGCGUGGCUCAGGGGUGGAGCCCCGCCUAGAAUCCCCAGUGAGGGGCUGGGGGCGUGGUCAGGGGUGGAGCCCCGCCUAGAAUCCCCCAGUGAGGGGCUGGGGGCGUGGCUCAAGGGUUGAGCCCCGCCUAGAAUCCCCAGUGAGGGGCUGGGGGCGUGGCUCAGGGGUGGAGCCCUGCCUAGAAUCCCCCAGUGAGGGGCUAGGGGCGUGGCUCAGGGGUGGAGCCCCGCCUAGGAUCCCCCAGUGAGGGGCUGGGGGCGUGGUCAGGGUGGAGCCCCUGCCUAGAAUCCCCAGUGAGGGGCUGGGGGCGUGGCUGAAAUGCAGAUCCUUUGCCUAGCAUCUAAAAAAUCAAAAAACAAAAAGCCCAAGGAAAUCAGCCCUGAGUGGUUUCAGUUGAGUGAGCUGGUGUAUGGAAGGAUAGAGCGCUCGUGCAAGCUUCCAUUCUGCGGACUUGGUGAGGCCUUCAAACGUGAAAAGAAGGGAGCAGACUCUGAGCAGAGCAGUGGCAAGUGCGGAGAUGGAGAUGGAGAGGCGGGUGGGCUGCACAAGAUCUGGGGCCUUAGGGGUUGUGGGACACAGGAGCAUCUUCUUCCUACAGCACCUGGACCAGAGUGCCGCUAAACAAAUCAGAUCCAUCCUGUUCCAGUGCAGGGGCGAGAAGCUGAGGCCUGUGUGGCCGCCGGCGCAGUGGUUCUGCUGCCCUCUGGUGGGGACUGCAACUACCUGGUUCCGCAACAGUGCCUCCUCCAUUUCCUUCAGGGAGGGCCCAGCACAAGAUAAAAAAACAUGGAGCGCCUCAGUCCCCAACUGAGGCUCACGCAGCCUGUGAAGGUGGGGUAUCCCGGGCUGUUUGCUCUCAGUGAACAGGAGGCGAGCCCCACCCCCCGGGCUUUGUUUAUCCAUCUGUAAAUCCGGGACGCACAGAACAAAAUGUUCUUUGAGCUCCGAAUCUCCCCAGAUGAUGCCAGCCUCAUGGAUUCUGUUGGCGGGCGCCGAAAGGAAGCGAGUCCCUGUCACGGGUACGCAAGCCCACUCCAAUGUACUCGGGUUAGAAGUCUAUAGAGAGCAGGAUGCCCACAGAUCCACGCCCAGGCUGCCCACAGAUCCACAGCCAGGCUGCCCACAGAUCCACGCCCAGGCUGCCCACAGAUCCACGGCCAGGCUGCCCACAGAUCCACACCCACGAUGCCCACAGAUCCACGGCCAGGAUGCCCACAGAUCCACGGCCAGGCUGCCCACAGAUCCACGGCCAGGCUGCCCACAGAUCCACACCCACGAUGCCCACAGAUCCACGGCCAGGAUGCCCACAGAUCCACGGCCAGGAUGCCCACAGAUCCACACCCACGAUGCCCACAGAUCCACGCCCACGAUGCCCACAGAUCCACGCCCAGGAUGCCCACAGAUCCACGCCCAGGAUGCCCACAGAUCCACACCCACGAUGCCCACAGAUCCACGGCCAGGAUGCCCACAGAUCCACGCCCAGGAUGCCCACAGAUCCACACCCAGGAUGCCCACAGAUCCACACCCAGGAUGCCCACAGAUCCACGCCCAGGCUGCCCACAGAUCCACGGCCAGGAUGCCCACAGAUCCACGGCCAGGAUACCCACAGAUCCACGGCCAGGCUGCCCACAGAUCCACGGCCAGGCUGCCCACAGAUCCACACCCAGGAUGCCCACAGAUCCCCCGCCAGGCUGCCCACAGAUCCACGCCCACGAUGCCCACAGAUCCACGGCCAGGAUGCCCACAGAUCCACGGCCAGCCCCUGUCUCAGCCUCCCAGGCACUGGGAAAAGGACUUUAAAAUGUAACCCACAGGCUGGGCCUCAGUUUCUAGGCCUCUGCCUAGCUUGCAGGAAGGCCUGGGCUCCAUGCCUAGCUCCCCAUAAACCAGCGUCAGCGUGUUCCGGGGCGGGGACAGGGUGGCUGGCCCCUUUGGCAGUGCAGAAGCUCCUGGAGCCCCACGGCUCCCCGUGGACCUGAUGGGGCUGCGGGGGACCAGCCUGCACAUCCUCAUCUUCCUCCCGCUUUGCCGGCUGAGUGCCUCCUGCAGAGCUGGCAGCUGCUGCUUUGAGAAGCUGCCGCUGCCCCCAGAUGGAGCCUCAGGCUCCUUGUCAGGACCCAGGAACUUGAGCUGCUACAGGGUUUCCGGAGCCGAGUAUGAAUGCUCCUGGCAGUAUGACGGCUCUGAGGACAAUGUCACUCACUUCCUGAGGUGCUGCUUUGGAAGUGGGCGAUGCUGCUACUUCCCUGCAGGCCGGUCCAGGGCUGUGCAGUUCUCCGAGCAGGCUGGUGUCCCUGUGCUGUCCAAUGUCACGUUCUGGGUGGAGUCUCGGCUCGGCAACCGGACCCUGAAGUCUCUGGCGAUAUCCCUGUACCUGUUCCACUGGACCAAGGUCAGCCCUCCCCUGGGAGACAUCAAAGUGUCUCGUUCAGACGGCCAGUUACGCCUGGAUUGGAAUGUUUCCGAUGAGGUCCAGGCUGAGGUGCAGUUCAGACGCCGGACGCCCACCACAAAUUGGACAUUGGGUGACUGUGGACCCCAGAAUAACUCUGGCUUAGGUGUGAUUGAGGACAUUCAUGGCAGCAGUUCUGAGUCCUGCCUCUGCCCUUCGGAGAGCAUGGCCCAGGAAUUCCAGAUACGGCGGCGGCAGCGGCUCUCCUCGGGGGCCCCUGGGGGUCCCUGGAGCAGCUGGAGCAGCUCUGUGUGUGUUCCACCUGAACCCUUUCCCCAGCCUGAGGUCAAGUUCCUGGUGGAGCCCCUGGGCCAAGGUGGAAGGCGGAAUCUGACCAUGCAGGCGCAGGUGACCGGGCCAGCCUGGGCUGUGGUUGGCCGGGGCAGAGGAGAGCGGGCGUGGCAGAGGCCACAGGUUUUGGGGUCAACUCGAGGUUGGCUGGGCAUGGUGGCCAGCAGCUGUCACCACAGCACAGGGGAGGUGGCCGCAGGAGGGGGAGGCAUUCAAGGUCUCUGUCAGUACGGGAGCUGUGGAGGCGGUGUGAGCGGGGAGGGCGCGCCCCUGGCGUCCCGGGCUCUCCAGGCUGAGUCCCGGUCCCCAUGCCCGUCUCCUGCUCUGCAGGCCGCGCAGCCCGCUGUCCCCGAGGGUUGCCGGGGAGUCGGGCCUGGUGCGCAGGCGCAGCACUUGGUGCGCGUGCACAUGCUGUCUUGCACGUGUCAGAGGAAGACCUCGAAGACCGUGUCCCUGGGCAAGCCGCUGAAGCUCUCCGGGGCCGCCUACGACCUGGUAGUGGUCACCAAGACUCGCUUCGGCCUCAGCCCCAGCCAGACGUGGCACCUUCCUGCCCAAAAUGUCUCAGAGCUCCCCCCCGGGAUGAGGACCCCGAAUGUCAGCGUGGGAGACGACGGGACAUCCGUGCACUGGGCGGCCCAGGCCCCCGGCACCGCCUACUGCGUGGAGCGGCAGGCCCUGGGCCCGGGCAGGAGCCACGCCCACUGCGCCCUGAUUGGGCCGGCCGCCGGGGGCCCGGCCGCCACGGUGACGCACAGCUGGAGCUCAGGGCCCGGCCUGCACCAGGAGGGCUGUUACCACGUCGCUGUCUUCGCCUCCAAGAACCCAGAGAAGCCGUUGCUGUGGUCCACGGUGCUGUCCGGUUACUACUUCGGGGGUAACACUUCGGUGGCCGGGACCCCGCGCCAAGUGUCGGUGAGGAAGCGCAGCGGGGACUCGGUGUCCGUGGAGUGGACGCCGUCCCCGCUGGGCGGCUGCCCGGGGGUCCUGACUGGAUACGUCGUGCGCUGCGAGGCUGAGGACGGCGAGUGGGCGUCAGAGUGGCUCGUGCCGCCCGCGGAGACGCGAGUGACCCUCCGGGGACUGCGCGGCGGCGGCGCGUACAGGGUGCAGGUGCGGGCGGACACGGCGCGGCUCCCGGGCGCCUGGAGCCCCGCGCAGCGCUUCCCGCUCGAGGCGCGGAUGUCCCGGCUGGCCAUCGUUUUUGCGUCCCUGGGGAGCUUCGCCAGUGUCCUCCUCGUGGGCGGCCUCGGAUACGUGGGCUUGAACAGGGCCGCCUGGCGCUUGUGCCCACCCCUGCCCACGCCCUGUGCCAGCACGGCCGUGGAGCUCCCGGGCAGCCAGGGCAAGCAGGCCUGGCAGUGGCGCGGCCCCGCGGACUUCCCGGAGGUGGUGUGCCCGCGAGAGACGCUGGUGGUGGAGGAGGCCCGGGACUCGGACGACGCCGCUGCCGUCCCGGAGGCCGGGGGGCCGGGACUGCCGAGGCCGCAGAGGGCGAGCGGCUCACCGGAGGCCGCCCGGCGCCCGCAGGGUGCGACCCAGGCUGCGUGACGGCGCCCUCCCACCAGCCGCAGGCCUCUCCGGGGAGCCCCGAAACCGCCCACGGGGGGACACCGGGCUGAGGGGGCCUAGAAACCGCCCACGGGGGCCGUCAGGCGGAGAGGCGCGCUCGGGGCCGGGGCGCUGGACGGCGUCUGUGUCUAGAGCCCCGACGCAGGCGCCCGGGGCGGCAGGCCCAGGUCGGGGCGGUCGCACAGCCGGGCGGCGCGGAGCACUGACACUGAAUAAACGCGACCGACAGCCGGACGGGCCUGUGACCGCCGGCGCGCACGGUGA